AUGAUAGAUAUGAUAGAAGAGCCUCCUCGGCCUCAUCGUCGUGAUGCAAUGGCUUUGUCUCAAUUGAUCAUCAAUUUAGUUGGAAUUUUUGGAAACCUUAUCAUGAUAUUUGUGCUCUGGCAUCGAUCUAUGGGAGGGAGAUUACCUACCAUACUCUUUCUCUCCCAAGCGGCAACAGACCUGUGCGUUAACUUGCAUUCCUUCUGCUUUAGCAUUCAACCUGCUAUGUGGCGUGUUCAUGUGCUCUGGUUAGAUGCCUUUAUCUGCAAGACAUGGCACAGUCUUUUUACCUUCUGGUUUUGUGUACAGGUCUCGAUCGGCAGCCUAGUUCUUAUUGGCCUUGAACGCUAUUUUGCUUUGGUGCAUCCAAUGCUUUACCAGCGUUUUCAGUCUAGACGUUUAGCAGCCUUCCUAAUUUCGGGAAAUUCUAUAUACAACUUUUUUCUUGCGAUUCCAAACAUCUAUGAAACAACUACAGACAUAAAUGGAACAUGUGUAAGUCAGAAUUAUGAUGCUGCUACAACAACCUUACUUAAAGUAUAUUCAAUUGUGUGGUUUAUAUUUAUAUACACACUAGCCCUUGUAUUGCUUAUUUUUUUCUACACUGGAGUUAUACUUUCUUUAAGAAAAUCAGCACAACUUACUCCAGUGCCAGUCUCGCUAGUAUCAAUUAUCAGUCUUAACCGAGAAGGUAACUUGGCUGAAUCAACAGGAGCUGUGACAAUAAAGCGAAGUCAAGUCACUAUGCAGUUUACACGAAUGGCAAUUGUAAUUACUUUGGUCUACUUAAUCUGUAUCACUUACGAUGCAUUUUCUUAUCUACUCGGUAGAACGGGUGUAACUCGAUAUGACUACAAUACCCUUCCUCACCAGCUCGGCAUGCUGGCUGUGUCGGUGAACUCCUGUGCUAAUCCAAUUAUAUACUUUGGAUUUGUGGUCAAGGCUUCAUUUGUACGUUGGUUGGUUGGGCUGCGACAAAGGCGUAAAAGCAUGGACAAAAAGAUUCCAAUGCCGAGGAGGUAUAGAAGAACAAAUGCUAGUCUCCUUAUCCCCUCAUUUUCAGAAAGUGUCUGUUAUUUAAAACAAAACCCUGAAUAG